AUGAAUAAACUAGUCACCUUGAGUAAGUUCAAUAACAGUAAUGAGUUCGCGUUCAAUGAUUGCGCAGCGCAGGUAACAGCGCCGAAGUUCCCGGUGGUAAUCAAGAUUGGGCACGCGCACAGCGGCGUAGCCAAGGUGAAAGUGGACUCCUUGGCCGACUUCCAGGAUAUUGCGGGUGUGGUCGCCAUGCUGGGAACUUACUGCACUGUGGAGCCAUAUAUCGACGCCAAGUACGACAUCCAUAUACAAAAGAUCGGUACUAACUACAAAGCUUUUAUGCGCAAAUCUAUAUCAGGAAAUUGGAAAACCAAUCAAGGAUCGGCCAUGCUUGAAGCUAUCGGAAUGAACGACAGAUAUAAAAUGUGGAUAGACGAGGUGAGCGAAAUAUUCGGCGGAUUGGAAGUUUGCGCUUUAGAACUGGUGGUGGGAAAAGAUGGCCGCGAGCACAUCAUAGAAUUAAACGACUCUGCUACUUCGUUCAUGGGUGAUUCUCAAGAGGAAGAUCGACGCUAUCUAGCGGAGCUUGUAUUGCAGCGUAUGCAGUCUGUCUGCCGUCCCGGAAUAACGAAGACGGUUUCACGAAGCUCAGUAUCAGGCAGUGGUGCAGCAUCGCCUGAAGAACGCUCUGUCAGCCCACCCCCACCUCCUUUGGCCAGGCGAGAUUCGCAAGCGUCUCAAUCAUCAACCGUGUCGUCAGUGUCUGCGGCACCGAGCACUGCAAGCAGCUCGGCACAAGGCGCAACCCCUGCCCAGGCUUCCACUUCAGCAAGUGGCCGCGGGGGCUUCACCCGCCAGGGCUCCCUGAGCGCUGCGCUUACUGAAGAUGCUGAAGACACCAUGAAGAACCUUAGGAAAACAUUCGCAGGCAUAUUUGGGGACAUGUAA